AUGAAGCGCGUCCAACAGGGCAAAGCCGCGUCUCGAGGCUUCGGCACCGGCUUCGGCAUCGGGUCCUCGGGAACCUCCCUGUCAUAUCUGACCGAGCCCCCAUCUUUCGCCGCCGUCUCGGAUCCUAACCUCGUCGUGUCGCUCAAAAACGUCCUGAAAAAGGACAGCACCACAAAGGCAAAGGCCCUCGAGGACCUGCUGCACCAUGUCCAGGCUCAUCCCUUUGACCAGGGAGCCGGCGUCGACGAAGCUCUUCUUGAAAUAUGGGCUCAGCUGUAUCCGCGCAUCUCCAUCGACAAUUCCCGCCGCCGUAUGGAGCGGCACAUUCCCACCAUUGUCGGCGCAUGGCUCUCAGGUCUCUAUGACCGCGAUCGAGUCGUUGCCAGGUCCGCUGAAGACAGCCUGUCUUCCUUCUUAGACACCCCCGACAAGGUUUCCGCCUUCUGGAUCAAAUGCCAGUCCCCGAUCCUCGACUACGCCAUCGAGGCCGCUCAAGAGUCUCGGGAUACCUUGAGUGAUGAGCGGACGACCACGGCCGAGGACGCCGAUGCCAAGUACUUCAGAGUCAUUGCCGCCAGCUUGUCCCUGGUUCUCAGCCUACUCCAGCUGGAAAAUGGCGUCGUUGAAAAGUCACGCCCAAAGCUUGAUGCCUUCUUCGCCGAGGACGUCGUCUGGAAAAGCAUCACGUUCAAAGACCCCCAAGUCAGAAAGGCCGCGUGUCAGCUGCUGUUCAUGUCCAUCGAGCGCCACCUUCCAUAUGCUGAAUCGGCCAUGGCGAAGCAAGCAUUUAUCACCGGCGGCCUCAAGACCAACCAGUCAGGAUCUGCACUGGAGUACGUACGAGCCCUGACCAAGUUGACUCAACAAGAUCCAAGCGUAUGGGCUAUAAGCUCUGGUGAAAAGAAGUCUCCAUUUUCGAGGCUGCAGGCCUUUAUCGCAAAGGGUUCACAAGGAAGCCCCGCUAAGUUCUGGGAGUGCCUGGGCAGGCUCCUCGCCUGCCUUCCUAACGAAAGCUUGACCCUCGAGGAAGCGUCAGGUCUCCUUUCUUCUUUGAAGUCUGGCAUCACAAGUCGCGACGAGCCCCGAACAAACACCUCGUCCUCGUGGAAAUGCUACGUCGAUGCAGCCACCCGAUGCCUCAACGCUCUCCCCGACGACGAUCAGCUGGCUCUGGCGAAACAACAACUCUUCCCCCUUGUCGAGCAAUUUUUGUUCUCCGUUUCCAAAAAUCCAACGUCUAUUCCGCUUGGCCCAAAUGCAAUGACUAUUCUCGUCGAAAUUCAUAUUGGCUUGGUGAAGACUUCCCGCCUCGCCUCAGCCGUCGCCGGUGAAUGGGCCCGUCUUGGGACCAUGCUUUGCAAGGACAUAUCCUCAUCCCUCCCCGAGGUGUCCAAGGAGUUUCAAGCAUCUCAAGCCAAAGUUGGUCUGAACGACGACUUCGACAAUGCCAGGGCUCCUUCGACACAAAUCGUUAUGGAUUGCCUAGCGCUUCUUGAAAGUCGAAAUUUGAAGCCAUAUGGCGCCGCUCAAGCUCUAGAAUAUGCACUGAGUACAUCACCCCACCUGUUCACGGCAGAGACCGGAGAUAACCUCACCCGGUUUCUCCUCUUGGCUGCGAAAGACAUGGACAAAGUUGUCGGCUCCUCCUCGUCUCGUCACCUCUUUUCUUCUCUAAACAUUCUCGGGACCAUUCCAGAUCGCCAAGGCGACUACGAGAGCAUUUGGUCGCUGUGGACACAAGCGUCCAUAGACCUAUCGUCAAAGAAAGCCCCAAGGCUCCAGGAGCUGGUGCGUUCUCAAACCAUGGAGGCAAUUGAACCACAUGGAAACGAAACGGAGGGAAAUGCGAGGGCCUUUCUGGAAGCCGCCAUUGUCAACCAAGCUCUUGAUUCCGACACCAGCCGCCAUCUUACGGGCGACAUGGUGACACUGCUGGGAAAGGAAACGCGAUACACGGAGAGUGUCCUGGAUCUGCUGGAAAUUGUCGUCCAAAGACAGCCCGAGCUCUUUUACCAGCAAGAAGCAAUCCACACCGAUAUCGUGGCCCAGCUACUGAGCUUGUCGGAAAUUGGUGACAACUCCGUCUCCCCUAAAGCAGCACGAGUGCGUUCGCUACUGGAUGGCCACGGAGACGGCACACUGCCAGUGGUGGAGAUUAUUCAGUCAAACUUGGAGCGAGCCGGUCCUCAGUCUCUUGAGAUCAGCACUCUCGCAUCGCAGGCCAAAAGAGCUGUCGACACGACUGUGCGUUGGGAAGACGUAUGUCCAAACACCAACGUGUGGAUGACGGAGCUUUCAACCCUCCUGGAGCAGCCUGUCAACCCUGCACUAGCCAUCACGAGCGCCAUUGGAGGCGCUGUGACGCUUCCUCGUGUCCGUUCGCUCCCCCGGAAAACCCAGACUUCCACGCAAAGGGACCGACAAGGACGCUCCAUACCCGCAAGAAUGGCGCUCUACACCUAUGAACUCCUUUCUUCUGCGCCUGUAGAUGUUGAUCUUCCCCGCCAGUUCCACGUCGAGCUCCUGUACCUUCAAUGCCUAUCCUUGCAGCUCGCCUCUGAUCAAGUUACCUCGCUGGAUAGUGACGGGCUCUGGAUGACAUUGGACGAUAAUUACACAAUGGCUCAAGCAGAAGAGCUCGUCACUUCGUCCAGGAACCUCCUCAGUAAAAUUCUUGCCGCCGCCACUCAGUGGGACAAAACCCCUGAACAAGGCGUGUCGAGUGUUGUUCGCGACCUUGUCGACUUGACCAUGAAGGAGGCCAUGGAGCUUACACCUCGCGGUGUUUACAGUGCCAAGGUGUUGACUGAGCUCAUCCAGACACUCACAGAGGCCCAUGGAACUCCGCCCAGCCUGGAAGAAACCUUCUUCAAGCCAGACGUCCUCAAAGCCACGCCGGAGACGGCUUUGCUGGCGGCGGGGUUGAUGGCCGGCUUUGGGGAGACCCUAAAACCGUCAAAGGCAGCUAGCAACUUCUGCAACCGACUCGUCAGCGAUGUCGCCGGCACCUCGCCAGAGAAAGACAAGUCGAGGAUGACGCUGGUGCUUCUCACGCUGUGCGCCCAAGUCUACGAACCUGGUCAACUUCCCGUUGCGAAUAAUCGAGUCGUCUUUGCGGUGAAGCAAAUCACCUCUUGGACAGAAGACCUUGCCGACUUGGACCCUGACAUUUGCGCCGAUAUGUGCCGCGCGCUUGGCCAGCUGCUGCCUUGCAUGAUGGAUGUCUACGGGUCUUACUGGGAAAAGACUUUGCAAUUUUGUGUCGCGCUGUGGGAACGCGCGGGGCAGCACGUUCUCUGGGAAGCGUUGCCCUUUAUACACUCGUCGCUCAAGCUGUUUAGAGUUCUCGAGCGAAUGCCGGAUACGAAUGACGACUUGCAAGAUGCCUUGAGAGAUGUUGCUACCAUGAAAUGCAGAGGCUUGUUGGAACUGAUGAGGUUACCGCGCGAGGAAGGUUCCCAGCCAAUGGAGAUUGUGGAUGCGAUGUUGUGCCGCGAGACGGAAAAGAUUCCCGUGGCGCGUCUCCCUGAGCCGACAGAUGUCUUCCCACUGGUUGCUUCAGCAUCACGAGACAUUCAAACUGCGGCAUUCAAUAUGCUCCACAGAAAGAUACCCGCACAGCAGGAAGAGCAGUCGAUCAAUGUUUUGCUGGACAAGACAGAUGCUCGCCUUCCCGAUGAGCUUCUUUCGUUGCUGCUCGAUCCCCCGACGCUGGAGAAAUACUCGGACGAGGCUCUCUUGCUCUUCCCAUCGUCGGUCCGCUGCUAUCUCCUCUCCUGGAAGCUUCUCUUUGACGCGUUUUCGACGCCGUCCUUCAAAGUCAGGAAUGACUUUGCCGAGCACCUCAAGACGGGCGAGUUUGUGCGCCCGUUGCUGGACUUUCUCUUUGACGUCCUCGGCCACUCGGCAGCCCACCCGUUGAACCUCGACAAGGAGAACAUUGGGGGGGAGCAAAUCUGCGAAUACGACAUCGGGCUGGCCGACUCGGAACCGGGUGAGAAGAGCAUGCACUGGCUGCUCGCACACCUGUUCUAUCUGGCGCUCAAGUACAUACCGGGCCUCUUCAAGGCAUGGUACAUUGACUGCCGCUCCAAGCAGACGCGAAUCGCGGUCGAGUCGUGGACGACCAAGUACUUUUCGCCGCUCAUUGUGGCCGACACGCUCGACAAGGUCCAGGCGUGGGCGGACUCUCAAGAGACGGGCGGCGACGACAAGGAGCUGCUGGUCAAGGUGUCCAAGGCGGCGCGCGAGGUGACGGCGGGCUACGAGGUAGACGAGUCGCAGGCGGCCAUUGUCAUCAAGAUGCCGGCCGACUACCCCAUCGGGGCGGUGGCGGUGGCGAGCCUGCACCGCGUGGCCGUGACGGAGCGCAAGUGGCAAAGCUGGAUCAUGACGACGCAAGGGGUCAUUGCCUUUUCCAACGGCAGCAUUAUCGACGGGCUGCAGGUCUUUCGGCGCAACGUGGCGGGCGCGCUCAAGGGCCAGAGCGAGUGCGCCAUCUGCUACAGCAUCAUCUCGGCCGACCGGCGCAUGCCCGACAAGCGGUGCGCGACGUGUAAAAACCUCUUCCACCGGUCGUGCCUGUACAAGUGGUUCCAGAGCAGCAACCAGAAUACGUGCCCGCUGUGCAGGAACCCCAUCGACUACCUGGGGGCCGACACGGCCAAGCGGAGGCAGGUUUAG